GUAGCCAUUUGGCUACAUUUAAAAUAUAAGGCUACAAAGCUACACUGCUUAUUAAAUGGCUACUAUUUCUUAAAAUUUUCAAAUUGACUUAAUUUUUUUUUCUUCUUUGUUAAAUUAUCGCAUCAUACUACUCAAUGCCACAAGAAAAUAUGACAAUUACAUUGUGAUCAUACCUUAAUUGCAUUGUAUAUAUAUGCAUGGUAGGUGUAAAUGUCACAAAUGUAAAAGUAGGGUUGGCAAACCAUCGAUGGUGAUAGUUUUAGUGACGAGCAACCAUCGAUAGUAUCGAUAGUGCCGUCGAUGGUUUGCCAACCCUGUGACAAAGUAUUUACAUGCAAAUGGUGGCUUGAUGAAGUUUGCUUUGAGUGUUUGUUGGCUGCUGAUACAUUGAUGAUGGAUAGAUUUAUAGUAAAAAAGUCACGGAUUGAUAAACAAAAGGAAAAUGAAGAAAACUUUACUGAAGAAGACAUUACUGAAGAAGAAGACCAAGGAAAUAACAAUGAGCCUAAAAAGAGCAAAAGAACGAGAAAGUUCAGAACUGAGUGGCUGAAAAAGUUCCCGUGGCUGGAAAACAAAAAUGGUCUCGCUUUUUGCAAAGCGUGCAACAAGAACUCUUUAAAUAUAUUGUCACAUCUUAACAGACACGCCAGUUGUUCUUCUCAUGUACAAAAUAUGGAAACCAAAAAGAGUCAAUUAUCGAUGGAGACAUUUUUGGAUACCGAAAAAGAGCAGAUGAGCAAAAAGGUUCAAUAUGCAGAAUUUACACUCGUCAUGUUUCUUAUAACGCACAACUUGCCGUUUUUAUUAAUGGAUGUUUUACCUGCUCUGUUAGCUGAAUGUUGCCCGGACUCUGAAGUGGCCAAACGUUUGCAAAUUGCCAGAACUAAAGCAACAAACAUAACCAAGGAAAUUGCUAGCAAAACAACAUCCGAGCUUGUUUCAACGUUAAAGAACUGUAAGUUUUCAAUAAUCAUUGACGAAACCACGGAUAUCUCAAUUAAAAAAUGUCUGGUAAUGGUCGUGAGAUACGUUGUGAACUUUAUUGCAAAGGAUCGAUUUUUAGCACUUAUUGAGCUACCAAAGUGUGAUUCAGCUUCAGUAUUUGGAGCAGUAAAAAAGUUUUUGUUAGACAACAAUAUUCCGCUAAAAAAUAUUAUAGGUAUGGCAACAGAUGGUGCAAGUGUCAUGGCCGGCCAUUUAUCUGGCGUAAAAGCGUUACUGGAGUCAGAAACAAAUAUUUUUUAUUUGAAAUGUACUUGCCAUUCUUUGCAUUUGUGUGUGAGUUAUGCCACUAAAAAAAUACCCGAAGAUGUCAAUUGGUUAUGUCGAAAUAUAUAUAGCUUCUUUUCGCAUAGCCCUAAACGAGUUCAUGACUUUAAGGAAUUUCAGGAGUAUUGCUCCGUGAAACCACAUAAAAUAUUAGGUGUUUGUCAAACACGAUGGCUGUCUUUAGAGGGAGUUGUUUCCCGAAUAAAUGAGCAAUGGGACGCCUUAAAAUUCUUUUUUAUUUAUGCAAAAUUAGAAGUCAAUGCAAUUCGAUCAAACCAAUUGGCUGAAAAAAUGGAAGAUAAUAAAACAAAAUCCUAUUUCCUAUUUCUUUCGUAUGCGUUGCCUUUGAUUAACAAUUUGAACAAAGAGUUUCAGUCAGAAAAAAGUCGUCUUCCAUAUCUCUAUUCGAGUAUGAAAUCAUAUUUCUUGUUAAUUUUAAAUAAUUUUAUUGCAAAGAACAAAGAACUUCACGUCAAUAUUAACUAUAAAAGCACUUGUAAUCAUAUUGAACUACCAAAAAUAUUUAUUGGUACAAAAGCAGAAGUUCUAUUAAAAAAAAAGGCAACAGCUGAUGAAAUAAAUGAAGUGAAAGGUAACAUUCUGGCAUUUUACAUAGAGCUUUUAGAUCAAAUCAAAUUAAGAUUUGAUUUCUCCAGGAAGGAUUUAGAACUUUUAAAAUUAAUAACACCUGAGGAGGUGAUGUCAGCAAAUGACAAUAAUAUUUUAGAUUUAGUUUUGGAAUAUGCAGACUUAUUUGAAUGUGAAUGUGAUAAAAUCAUUACCCAAUGGACUUUAUUUAAAUUAAGUAAUCACAAUUUAAAUAGUAAUUUGGAUAUUGACUUAUUUUGGGAGAAAGUCGCUUCCAUGAAAGAUGGACUGGGCGACUUAAAAUUUCCAGAUCUAAGUGGCUUUGUAUUUAAUUUAUUGUCAUUGCCUCACAGUUCUGCAGUGGCAGAGAGAAAAUUCUCUUCUCUUAAAUUAAUUAAAACCAGCACUAGAAAUAAGUUGGAAGUAAGUACUUUACAUGCGAUAAUGACCUGUAAAGAACUAACGAAUAGAAAUAUUGUUUGGUCAGCAAAAAAAGAUUUUCCAUGAAAGAUGGAGUGGGCGACGUAAAAUUUGCAGAUCUCAGUGGCUUUGUAUUUAAUUUAUUGUCAUUCUCUUCUCUUAAAUUAAUUAAAACCAGCAUUAGAAAGAAGUUGGAAAUAAGUACUUUACAUGCGAUAAUGACCUGUAAAUAACUAACGAAUAGAAAUAUUGUUUGGUCAGCAAAAAAAGAUUUUCAUUAUUUUUACAACUUUGUCAAUUAAACACAAGAAUUGUUUUUUUUUUAUUAUUUUUAUAAUAACAACGAUAUAUAUAUAUAUUUAUAAUAUUUAUCACCAAAUGUGUUCCUUUAAGUUUAAUAUAAUAAUUUUUAAAUACAUAAAAAACAAUGUUAACACAAAGUGGUUAUUUUUUUGAGUUAAAUAAAAUUAUAUGAAUAAAGAAAUUCUAUGAACUAACUGUCUUUUACAAUUUUUAGGUGUAAAAAAUGUAUGGCUACAUUAAGUUUCGGUUUGCUACACUUUUGGAUACAUAAAAUAUUUUGUCAGUGGCAACACUGGUUAGCAUUUGUUUUUUUAAUCUUCUCGUGUGCGGUAGUAGAAAUCGUGUGAACGGUCAUUCGCAUUUGUUAUAACAUUUCAUCAGCGUGCGUUGCUAUUGUUUUUUCUGUUUACAUAUAUACAUACGUUUGCGGUCUGGCGAUUCCUCACAAUUCAAUUUCAUACUUUCAAUAAUAGUAUUAUUUAAUUGAAAGU